GCCAAUGAGCGGUUAAUCCGGAAAGAGAACUCAGUCUGCAUCACGUGUUAUACCUGCAAGCAUGGGGAAAGGUCCGGGUGGAAAGAUCAACCGACCCAAAACAGAACUGGGGAAGAAGCUGUUCAAGCGGCGGCGGAUUCUGUCCCGUGAUAAGAGGAAAAAACACAUGAAAGUGGGAGCUGUAGUGGAUGCGGGUCUUACCACCAUCCAUCACCUCAAGAAGAGGAUUACGAGUCCCAGAGCAAACAUCACUCUGUCUGGGAAGAAGAAACGUAAGCUGCUCAAACAGCUACAGCACAUGGAAGCGGAGAAGGCUGCCACUGAAGCCGAGACACCACCAAAGAAGACAAAGACCGCUGCAACCCAGAAGCAACCUGCAGCAACCGUCCCAGUCUCAACCAGACGGAAGAAAGGGGCGGCGUCCUUGGAAGAUGUGGAGAUGGCUGAAAUGGAAUGAGAGGAGGAGGAAGUUGAUGAGCUCCUGCUAGCUCCUGGUCAAGGCAGUGACACCAGGCCCUGUAUUAAGCCAGUCAGAUUAGGAGUUCUGAUCCAGGAUGAAUUUAGCCUGGUAGUUUGAAUUAAAUGUACUAUCAUUUGGGACCUGAUCUUGGAUCAGUACUAUUACACUUUGUCAAAUGAAUACAGGCCUCAGACACCAAAACACAGGUUUUUGUAAUCUGAUCUGAGGCCAGUGAAGGGAGCGGGGUUAUUCCCCAGAACAACAGAGCAAUUAAUUCAUUAAUGACUGAAUGUGGGAUCUGUUCUGGAGUCAGCCAGUUGCCUUGCUGUUGUUCAAACAAACGUGUGGUAGAUACUGGGUCCCUGGUCAAAAAAAGUCUCAUCACAUUUCAGAAAGAAUGUAAUAAAGAAUCUGAAAAGUU